AUGGCUGAUUCCGGCUCUGUAAGUAGCGCCGACCGUCCGUCUGCGGCCAGCGAACAUGCAAGUCUGCGUAGCCCGACUUCCAGUAGAGCAUGUCCCCCCCCGUCCACCAAACCAUCAGCGAAUCUUCCUCUGUGUGAGGCUACGCCGAAUAAUGGGGGCGCGGUCGCUGGAGCAAACACAGUGAAGACUGAUACAGCAGUCAAAGGCAACGCUACCAUAUCGCCGAGUGCCACCGUCCGCGCAUCCGCGACUGCAACGGAUGCCACUAGCAGCGCCUGUGCUGGAAAGAAGAGCAGCUCUGGAGCAGUGACUCCAGCGGGCAGUCAGAAGAGCGCGAGUGGUGGCAAACAUGGAGGCGCAACAAGCUGCAGAGGCGUUAGCGGAGGAGGCACGGGCCUUUCGUGGAAGAACGGCACCAGCUGCCACUCUAGUCAAACGCCCUCAGGAAGCAGCGGUUCAACUGCACAAAGCAACCCGAAGGCCAACUUGCCAAGCGGAGGCCAGAAUCACAAGCAUGGGACUGACGGUUCCCAUGCGGGGGGGAGCUCUGCGGCAGGGAAAAAAGCCCCGAGUGGCUUCAAUAGCGAGCUUAGCGCACGCGAAUUGCGGAAGAUCAAGUAUUAUGAAGAGAUGUUUGCCAAACUGGCGAACGAGGAGCGGCAGAAACAAGGCGGUACGCCAUCAGGCCCCACUGCGGCAGGGGCGACUGGGGUGAGCAGUUCAUCCGCAAGCGGCAGCUUGGAGAAACCGUCAAAGAAGGGUGGACCCCACCGGGGCGGAGAGGCCACGGGAGGAGUUUCUGGCAAGGUUUCCGCACCAGGAGCUGGCCGCAGUGACGAUGGACUCGAGUCACAGUCGGAGAGGAGGAACUCUACAGCAUCAUCUAGUGCUCUUCAACAGUCAUUUACAUCUCAGAGCUCCGCUCCGAGUACAAGUAGUAGUCGGGGGUCGGGCGGCGGCGCUACGAAAAGGAAGCACAAUCGUGUCAUCGAUUCAACAGACGACGAGGGGCCGCCGGCCUCGCCGCCACGGGCAUCGGCAAACAAGCGAUUGGCACUGGCAAGAGGCUCGUCUGUCAAAGAGCCUGCUGUUCAAGCGCCAGGAGGCAGUUGCGCCGUGAGCUCGGCUCGUCCAGCGACGAGCGCUAGUGGAGGCGUGGCAGAUCCGCAGCGCAAGGGGGAAAAACAGUUCAACCGACAUGCGGGUGGUCCUGUGCCCGCAGAGCCGUGCCGGGGGGACUCUCAAGGGAGCCGGGUGACGGGAAAAAGCGAUGCAGGCGCUGGCCCUCGUCACGUUUCAAAGGAUCUGCCACAGAGCAGUAAACCGUCGCAUCUUCCUCGCCCCCAUGGCAGCUCGUCCAACACAGGAAAAGGCAGUCACAACCAGUCCCUGCACUCCGGUGUGGGUGUGAACGCUGCCGUCCCCGCUCGGUCGGCACCCAAAGGACAAGGCUCUGACUGGGCGUGGAGGGGGCGUGGACACGGAGGGGAGGGAGCCAAGAAGAAACAGCGCGCGACUGUAGCUGUUUCGUCCUGUGCGAGACGCGGAGACGACGAUAGCAGCAGUAGCAGCAGCAGUGGUAGCAGCAGUAGCAGCAGCAGCGGAAGUAGCGACAGCAGUGAAGGUGAGAGCGGGUGCCCCCGGAGCAAGAUAAGCCGCUCCAAAGACCCGUCUCGAGGGAGUGAUAGCGUAGGGCCUAACGGCAAUGCUACUCGCGCGGGGGGCAAACGGGGGGCACACGCUGUCCAUCAGUGCAAACGCCACCAAGCAAGCUUCCCUGGCGGUGCGGUUUCCCUAGGGGCGGCGGAGGACUGUAGCCGUCGAACCGAUGCUUCCGGUUCCACGUCAGGGUCAUCUGCGUACAACAGUGACAAGAAAGGAGCAGGUUCUGCUUCACAGCUACAGGGAGGAGAGGCGCACAAAAAAUCCGCGGGUAGCAACGUUUCGCGGCCCUCGAGUUCAGCGGCAGUCCCAUCGUCGUCAGGUGCCGCAUCGGCAGCGUCACUGUCCAAAUCCGCCUCACACCAUCCACACCGACCAGCUUCAACGACCACCCCAGCCGACGAAAACAGCGCGCCAGAGGCGGGAUUACGGGACGGCACGGAGCCAAGAGGGGGGCCGGUCGCGAGCAGCGGCGAUGGUGCGUGUGGUGGAGGAGCAAAGACUGAGAAGAAGGCGGCGCUGGCCGUAGAUGAGACAGGACGAAAGCUGUCUGCCUCGGCUGACUCGGGUAGAGGAAGUGCUGCUUCGUCGAACAGGAGCUCGGUAGGUGGCCACGCGGGCCCUGGAGGGGAGUCGAAUACUCGCCUCAUCCACACGGAUACUCACAGUGGCAGAGCCGGAGAGGCGACGCCUCCCGGGAGUCGAACGGUCAGUAAGGGAGAGAAAAAGGAACGAGGAGGAGCUAGUCGAACCUCGUCUGUCUCAGUUAAACAUGAAGAAGGGCGUCAAGGUGGGGAGGAAGCCGCAGUUUUCGGCGGACGUCUUGGUGAGCGAGGUGUCUCACCGGCGCACCAAAUCCACGAGAAGAAUCCUUGGACUACGCCGGGUACCGCUGUUGAAAGUAGAAGUUUCUCUCGAGAUAUACCGACGAAUGGCGACGCCGGCGGAGGUGGCAGGCGAGCGUUUGAUGCUGCUGCGGAGGUCCCCGAUCAUCAGUCUUCAUCCCCUCCUGGGAGGGAUUCCUUGUUGACGUGUAAGGCUGGGGGAUCACCCCGAAGGAGCUCUGGAGCGCAAGCCAAGGGUCACGCGCCGGCGACUCAGCUGCGAAAUGCGUCACCGGGGGCGGCGAUCGGGUGCGAGGGCCGCCACAGAGGUACGGCGCACGGAGGAUCCGGAAAAGUAAUUGGCAAAGGUGCAUUUGACACCGCGGGACCAGGAGACAAAGAAGGCAAGAUGGCCGCUUCAGCUGUCUCCGCAGAGAUGACAACCACGGAGAGGCCAGACGGUUCCGUCAAGGGGACAGCACUCGCGCGUCCAGGAGGAACUCGACGUGCGAACUUUGCGCACGGUGAAACGUCGGGCGCGGCUGCAGCAGAGAUAUUUCUGAGCGAAGAGCCAGGCGGACAUAGCCAGCUGCUAGUGAGCGUCAAGCGUGGCGGUUCAGGGGAGCCCGCCGGUGGAAAAAAUCAGGUCAGUGCUGCGGACGUGGAUAGCGCUGGUAACGUGCGACAAGCCCGUCCCGGCAAAAAGGCCGAGGGGAUCCGGCAGGAGUCGUGCGGUCGCGCGGGGAGAGAUGCGGAGGGAGGGAUGCGCACGGUGGGCAACCAUCGUGGAAUGGGCGGUCAGUCUUCAGGCAGAGGCGCGGUGAAGCAACUUCACUCGGUAGAUGAGAAAGCGGCGGGCGAGGCGACCAAGCGCGAGUCUCGAGGCACGUUCCUUGAAGCCAGUGGCACAACUGCUGAAUCGCGGCAGCCGGCCGCUCCAUCGGCGGUCGGUGGGCGCGCACCUCCUGCCCGCGGUUCCGCGCACGAAAGGGUUUCUUCGGCAUCUGGAAGUGGUGAAGGAGCCACGGAUCGCCCCGUGGGUCUGGACCAGCAGCCGACAAUCCCGCUGGAAGGCUUGACGUCCCCAGAGCUACCUGUACAGGCGUCGCGUAAGGAGCUGACUGCUUCAUAUUCGAUGCGGAGUACUUCUCCACAGUCUGAAGAGCUUGGCGUCGGAGAAGGAAGGCCUGUUGAUGGCUCAGACUCGGCUUCUUCAGGGUCGUAUCGACAUUGUCCGGAUGGAUGCUCAAGCUUGCCAUCAUCGAGUCAGCAUGGCGUACAGCUCCCACACACCUUCGUGGCUGCCAGGGACGAUCUAGGUGACGAUGAAAGCCGCCCCUCUGCGCCGUUGCCUCUUCUAGCUGUUGCCCGUUCUCUUGCGUCUCAGCCCCUUACCAGCACGCCGUUGCCGCCGGUCUCAUCGCGCCAUGCGCCGCGUGCUGAUACGCAACUCGCAAUCAGGCAGAGUGGAGACGUAGCUGGACGGUGUCCUGUCUCGCUUCCGGCUUUGACUGAACCGGCGACCUCGCAGCUCGUAACCACCGCAAGCAGGCACGGAAUCCGAGAAUUGCACACGGCAAUAGGGGACACGCAGAAAAAGACAACAAGCAAUGUGGCGACAGGUACCGGUCGAACAAUAGAAAUGGAGCCGGCAUUCGGAUUUGAUAAUCGUCUUGAUCCUCAUGCUCCGUCGACUGUAACGACAGGUUUGGGGGCGAGUCGCGUCAACUACCAGCUUGUUGACGAGUGCGACAGCGGUGCCAAAGUACCUCGUGGUCAAACUGAAUGCAAAGGCGCCCAGAGCGGAGGGGAGCCGGGGAUGGUCAGGUCCACGACCGUGUUAUCCGCUAGCAAUAAGGAAUAUGCGGAGGCGUGUUGCAAUGUAGUCCCGACGCGGGACUGGCGCCAACUCCUUCUGGGGAAAUCCGGCGACGGGAGCAAUGGUGGAUUUUGGGAGGACGAUUCUGCAUGUGCUCGUACAGCUAAGAGCGCGCCAGCCAGCGCAGGGAACGCCGUUGCGUCUGCGAAUUCGUGUUCCGACAAGGCACCGUCCUCGUCUUCCGCAGAGAGCAGUGCUGAGUUGAAGCGAGGGUUAUCCUGCGGCGGACAGGUGAACGGAUCAGCUGCGGCUGUUACACGAGGUGGCGAGCCUUCCAGCCUGCCGCUUCAAGGAGGAGUAGCGCAGCCUCUGCCCUUGAGCGGAAGAUGGGUGACGAGCUUGUCAUGGAAAGCACAGCUACUCCGGAAAGUCUACAACGCCGGCCGAUCGUAA